AUGAGGGAACAGCACACGGCAUUUCGAGGCGUGCGCAUCCGCUGGGGGCGGGACUUCCGCCCUCAAAGGCCCUAUGAGUGCAGUGAAUGUGGCAAGUCCUUUGUCCGAAGGUAUAGUCUCAAAGUACACAUAAAGGUUCACUCAGGUGAAAGGCCUUAUAAGUGUAACGAAUGUGAGAAAUCUUUUAAGUGGAAGUCAACAUUGAUUAAACACCAGAGAAUUCACACAGGAGAAAGGCCUUAUGAGUGCAGUGAAUGUGGGAAGUCUUUUAUCUAUAGGACUCACCUCCAUUAUCAUCACAGAAUUCACACUGGAGAAAGGCCUUAUGAGUGCAGUGAAUGUGGCAAGUCCUUUUCAACAUUGAUUAAACACCAGAGAAUUCACACAGGAGAAAGGCCUUAUGAGUGCAGUGAAUGUGGGAAAUCUUUUGCCACUAGUUCUGUCCUUCAUUCUCACCAGAGAGUUCACACUGGAGAAAGGCCUUAUGAGUGCAGUGAAUGUGGGAAAUCUUUUACCACGAGGACUGUCCUCCGUGAUCACCAGAGAGUUCACACUGGAGAAAGGCCUUAUGAGUGUAGUGAAUGUGGGAAAUCUUUUACUGCUAAUUCGGCCCUCCAUUAUCACCAGAGAGUUCACACUGGAGAGAGACCUUAUGAGUGCAGUGAAUGUGGCAAGUCCUUUGUCCGAAGAAAUAGCCUGAGUGUGCACCUAAAGGUUCACUCAGGUGAAAAGCCUUAUAAGUGUAAUGAAUGUGGGAAAUCACUGAAGUGUAAGUCAACAUUCGUUGAACACCAGAGAAUUCACACAGGAGACCGGCCUCACGAGUGCCGUGAUUGUGGGAAAUCUUUUACGUCUAGAUCUGCCCUUCGUUCUCACCAGAGAGUUCACACUGGAGAACGGCCUUAUGAAUGCAGUGACUGUGGGAAGUCUUUUACCACUACUUCUCACCUUCGUUCUCACAAGAGAGUUCACAAUAGUGAAAGGCCUUAUGAAUGCAGUGAAUGUGGCAAGUCCUUUUCCCGAAGGAAUAGUCUCAAUGUACACGUUAAGGUUCACUCAGGUGAAAGGCCUUACAAAUGUAAUGUAUGUGGGAAAUCUUUGAACUAUAAUUCUUAUCUCCGUGAUCACCAGAGAGUUCACACUGGAGAAAGGCCUUAUAAAUGCAGUCACUGUGGGAAAACUUUCACUUCUCGUUCCCUCCUCCGUUCUCACCAGAGACUUCACACUGGAAAAAGGCCUUAUGAGUGCAGUGAAUGUGGCAAGUCCUUCUUCCAAAGAAAUACCCUGAAUGUACACAUAAAGGUUCACUCAGGUGAAAAGCCUUAUAAGUGUAAUGAAUGUGGGAAAUUGUUGAAGUACAAGUCGACAUUCAUUCAACACCAGAGAAUUCAC